CACGCCUCGGCUCCUGGUCUUGCCGUGACGCCACGCUGCAUGUCAUCUGGAGACAGGCGGUGAAUGGAAGUGAACUCUGAGGAAAUACUCCCACAGCAUUACGCGUUUAAUGUAUUGAGUUGCAAUGUCUGCUAAACUGUUUUCCGUGAACACCGUCGCUUUUAAAUGUUUGAAAACUCUCCAAGACUGUUCGACACGAGGGUUUAGGAUUGGAGCUGCAUCCCUUGGUUCAGUGGAUUUAAAAGGUCGCAGCUGCCUGACUCUGAAAGACUUCAGCUCCGAGGAAAUCAGGAGGCUGCUGUGGGUUUCGGGGGAUCUAAAACAUCGGAUCAAGCAUGAAAAACAGUAUCUUCCUCUCCUGCAAGGAAAGUCGAUUGCAAUGAUAUUUGAGAAGAGGAGCACCAGAACAAGAAUGUCUACAGAAACAGGCUUUGCUUUGUUGGGUGGGCACCCCUGUUUCCUCACCUCUCAGGACAUCCACCUGGGAGUGAAUGAGAGUGGCACCGACACAGCUAGGGUUCUCUCGGGGCUCUGCGAUAUUGUUUUGGCACGAGUUUACAGCCACUCAACACUGGAGGAGCUGGAUAAGGAGGCGUCCAUCCCCAUCAUUAAUGGCCUGUCUGACCUCUACCACCCAAUUCAGAUUCUGGCUGACUUCCUCACUUUACAGGAGCACUAUGGGUCCCUCAAUGGACUAACAGUGAGCUGGAUUGGAGAUGGGAACAACGUGCUCCACUCCUUUAUGAUGACUGCAGCUAAAUUGGGAGUUCAUCUUAAAAUUGCUACACCAAAGGGGUAUGAGCCAGAGAGGAGGGUAAUUCAAGAGGCACAAAGGCUCUCCAAAGAGCAUGGGACCCAGCUUGUCCUGACCUCUGACCCGAUGGAGGCCGCCCACGGCAGCAAUGUUCUGGUCACCGACACCUGGGUCAGCAUGGGACAGGAGGAGGAGAAGAAAAAGCGGCUAAAAGACUUCAAGGGUUACCAGAUUACAAUGCAGACAGGAAGUGUGGCCAAACCAGACUGGACCUUCCUGCACUGUCUCCCCCGGAAAAUGGAGGAGGUGGAUGAUGAAGUAUUCUACUCAUCCCGCUCCCUCGUCUUCCCCGAGGCAGAGAAUAGAAAGUGGACAAUUAUGGGUCUGAUGGUUUCUCUUCUGACCGACUACACUCCACAGAUCCCCAUGCAAAAGUUUUAACGUCAGGUCAUAGGGGGGAAUUUCACACAUGAUGUAACACAGCUUAUUAAUGCAUAGGUCAAUAUCAGAUGUCAUUAAAUGAUGUCACCAUAACAACACUAGAUUUACAUCGUCAACUCACUUUGGGAUAAAUAGUGUUCAUGGUAUUGUUUGCCUGGUCUUACCAUUGAAUUAUAAGCCUGAGUUUACAGUUCACAACCUACAUUUACUGUGAUAGUGGUGAUGUCUUUGCUGGACAUAUGUGUGUAUGAAAAGAUUACUAAGCCUUUCUUUAACUUGUUUAAUGUUGUCUUGACUUUACAAAGGUCUUUAACAACUUGGAAUCUUGACAGAUAUAAAGCAAUCGGGCUGAAUGUGACUGAACACAUUUCCUUGCAAUCUCACCAAAUGAUUUAUGUAGCAGCUAUAACUCCUUAGUGUUGUUACAUUGUUUAAGGAAGUGCACAUGGGUUGUGUGCCUGAUCCAAAUAAAUGCCCCGCUCCCAAAGGACGUGUAUAAAGAGUCUUUGACGAAGUAAAAAUGUUAUUAAACAAUCAAGUUGUAGUUUUUAUUUUUCAUUAUUGAGAUAAACAGAAAGAUAAUUCACUACUAAACUACUAAUGUGCAUUGUUGAAUAAAAACAUUUAAAAUUGA